CACCCCAAACAAAUGUCGACAGAUCCUUCUCAAGUUAAAGUUGUUCUUACUGCCUCUUCUGGGUUAGAAAAAGGCGAUUCCUCUCGUACAUCAAUGUAUCAAAUUCUUGUUCAAAACCCUCAACUGUUUUGGGAUAGACUCCGAGGUUUUUUCAAAUCUUCUGAAAGAAAUUUUAAGAUUCCUAUUGUGUGUGGAGACCGUCUCGAUCUGCACCAGCUUUUCUGCGAGGUCACUUGUCGAGGUGGUCUUGAAAUGGUGAUCAAGGAUCGUAGAUGCAAAGAAGUGAUGGAGGCAUUACAGUUCAAGGGAGCACUUUCAAAUGCAGCAGCUGUUCUAAGGAAAAAUUAUCGUAAAAUGUUGUUUGCAUUUGAACAUGUGUACUACUUCCAAGCUCCACUCGAUGAGUUUCCGGGGAGAGAAAAAGCAUUGAUGCGCCUUGUUGAGAAAUCUGCAAACCGUGACGACAAGGACGUUGAAGAAGCAAAACCUGGCUUGUUGCUUAAUGGGGUUAUCGAUGGGAAAUUCGAUGGCGGCUACCUUGUAACCGUGAAGAUAGGCUCGGAAGAGCUCAAAGGAGUGCUUUACCACAUGCCUGAUCAAGCGCCUCCUGAAACUCAACGAAGACGCAAGAAUAAGAGAGCCAAAACUUCUCAUCAUCAGGAGGGUCCUCAGCUACCUAAGCCACUAAGAAGUGCUUAUAACUUCUUCUUUUCUGAGCAAUACGCUAAGCUUAAAGCCGAGUUUGGUACUGGACCAAAGGGAUCUCUCACCAAGAAAAUUGGGAGCAUGUGGAGCAAUCUCUCUGAAUCUGAUAAACAGGGUUACAUCGAGAAAUUUCUCGAGAAGAAGAAGCUGUUAGCUGCGGCCAAUGCUGCGGAGUAUGUCGCUGCUACUAUUAAAACUGAAACUGAAGAUGGCACCAAUGCAGUGGAGACUGGAGCUGAGACUGAUACAACAGAAACUGUAGCUGCCACUGAUGCAGCAGAAACUGUUGCUGGGAUGACCAAUGCAAUGGAAACUGUAGCUGCCACCGAUGCACCGGAAAGUGUAGCUGGGACCGAGGCAGCGGACAUUGUAGCUGAGAUGGAUGCAGCUGCAAGUACUACAAGUGAGUAGUGUUUCUCAAUGGUUGUCUUCUUGGUUUGGUGUUGCUUUAUAUUUUCUGUUAUGAGUACUUUUGGGUUUAAUAAUAAGUUGUAGAACUGGCCGUAGGCAACUCUUUCAUUCAACUUUGUGUUUUUUUUGAACUUUAUUAUCUACUAGUGGUUGAUCCCCGUGGGAUAUUUAUGAUGUUUUUUAA